CCUGCUCUCUCCAGUUGGCACUCUGUAGCAGCAGACAUCCACAGUUUCAUGGCCCGAUAGAGAGAGAGUCGACUGAAUUACGAGGUUUUUGUUUCUCUCUACAAUGGUAGUCAUAUUUUUAGCAUCAACACAAGGACAUUACCCAAACUAAUUAAGACAAUCCAAGUCAACACCCAGAGGACAGAACAGGAAGCAGGAAAAGCAUCCAGGCUCUAAAUCUCAGCAGCCUUUAUUCAACAGAGUUGAAUUAAAUUAUGAUGCCUGGAUUUGUUUUAUAGAAGGAUGUCAGACUUCCCCACCUCCUCCACUCCCACCCAGACUCUGGAUCACUGCGACUAUGGCGACUGGUAUCCGUCCUUCUCCAUCAUCCCGUCUGUCUAUGUUCUGGCCUUCUUGGUGGGUUGCGUUGGUAACAGCUUGGUGCUCUGGGUGUACCUGGGUCGACCCAGCGGGAUCAGGAUAGGAGACAAACCGCAGUGCUGCUGCUUUUUCAGAGCCAAUCGCCAACAUCUGCCUUCGCCUUGUAAAAACGAACCAUCAGGACGAAGCCACAGAGCGUCCUCUCAUUCCUUCACCUCUUCCUCGUGUCCUCCCUCCGUCCCUCGGCCCUCUCACUCCCUCACAGAUUCUCUGAUAGCUAGUUUGGCAUUAGCUGACCUUUGCUUCCUUGUAACUCUCCCUCUUUGGGCUACCUACACAGCAAUGGGGUAUCACUGGCCUUUUGGGCAACCCCUUUGCCAGAUCAGCAGCUUCCUCACCGCUCUCAACAUGUACGCCAGCAUAUUCAGUCUGAGCGUGCUCAGUGUGGAGCGGUACUGGGUCCUGACGGGUCGGCGGCACUCCGGCCACCAUCCCUCGUCGAGGUGUCCCAGCAGGACGCUGUGGAUACUCGUAGCGGUGUGGGUGGUAGCAGCGGUCCUGGCUCUUCCUGGUUUGCUGCUGCGUUCUGUCAGGGAAAUGGAACUUGACCCCAAGUCUGCGGAUGAUCCUGGGUCUGUAGUCCUUUCCUGUCAGAUGGAUUACUCAAUGCUGGUUGGGGCAGAGCUCGAAGAGGCUGAAAAAGACAGGGCAGAGGUGUGGUGGGCUGCCGUGUUGAGCUUAAAGUCAACCCUAAUUGGCUUCCUGCUGCCGCUUGUCAUCAUGCUCGUCUGCUACUGCUCACUGGCUCAGCUGCUCAGCAGGCACUUUGGACGUGGGCCCCGUCCCGACCGCAGGCGCCAGCGCAGACUCCUCAGGGUCAUUGUCACCUUAGUGAUGGCCUUCUUCCUCUGCUGGAUGCCACUCAACGUCAACAAAACUGUCUCCAUCCUGCUGGAGUUGGGCUUCGUCCCAUAUUCAUGCUCUCUAGACCAGGCUCUGCUGGCCGCUCAUCCGUACGUCACCUGUUUGGCCUACCUCAACUCCUGCCUGAACCCCCUGCUCUACGCCGCAUGCGACUCUUCAUUUAGGGAACGAUGCACAGCAGCUCUGCUCAUGUGGUGCAGGAUGUGCAGAAGAGAAGCAGAGAGAGAUGGGAAGAAAGAAGAACAAGAGAAACAGCAGAGGAGCUCAACCUUUCCUUCAAGGACACAAGAGGAAGUAGAGGGAAGGACAGAAGACGAAGAGGAAGAGGACAGGUUAUGAGAAGGAUAAGGAAUAAUAAACUCUUUGUGUUCAAUUCAAAAACAGAAUAAAAUUGAAUAUAAAAAAUAAAAGAGAAACUGAAUAUUUGUAGCACAUUGUUAGGUUUAAAAUUCCCAGCUGGCUGAGCAUUUGCUCUGUCCAGCUAGUGUGAGACUUUUAGAGUUAACAUCCAGAAAUGGAAAUGUUCAAACAGUAUUUUCCCACGGGGUAUAAUGUAGAUGUUUCCCACAAGAAGAUGUUCAUGCUUCCUAAAUUAUUUGAUGCAGAAAUAAUCUGGGGUCAGAUAAAAGCUUCUCAUGAUAUAUGAUAUGCGAUGCAUUCAGAAUGUACUUUGUAUUUGUUGGUUUUU